AUGUCCCCAUAUGCGCAGCACCUCAUCGUCUCCACGGGCCAAUCGGAUUGGACUUCCAGGAUAGAAGACGAACAUGACAAUGAUACUUCAUGGGGCAAGGUGGUCGGGGAUUUCAAGAGGCUUUUGGGAAGGCAUGGAGAGUUCCACGAUCCCUUCAACAACAUCCUCAUUAAUACUUCGUCAUUCACACCCUCGUCAGAACCGGCGCCAAGACAUGUUCGAGACCUGGUCGAAGGCGUUGAAGCCCUCAUUUUCCCAGCGUUUCGACGGUUUAGACAGUUGUCGCCCCUUGCUCGAGACGGAGAAGCGACCGCCAAGUCGACUGUCUCGACGUCCCGAGCAGGCUCCGGGUCAGCCGGGUUGAAGGAAUUUGUUCGCGGCUACCUCCUCCCGGAGCCUGACAGAUUACACCCCAUCUACAAAGACAUCCCUGAACAUGAGCGAGCAGCGAAAAUCAGAGAUGCCACCGCAGCUUCAAACUUUUACAGCUGGCCGAUCGCGAAUCCGACGAUAUUGAUUUGCAGUCACCACCAGAGGGACAGCCGAUGUGGAACGUUAGGCCCGUUACUGCAUGACGAGUUUAGAAGAUACAUUAAUCAACGAAAGCCAGACGAGCAAGGGGGGAAGCUUGUCACUCCGCAGUCACCGGGGAACUUUAUUGCCUCCGAAAAUGACGGUUCAACCGGAUCCGAACCAGGAGUACAGGGAAGCAUCCUGGAAUCCCAAGGCCAAUCACUCAGUGACACCACCCUCUCUUCCUUCUCCAAUACAAAUGCUUCGACCUCAAGCUCGAUGCAAGCCCACGUAAAUGUGGGCAUGAUAUCCCACGUCGGAGGACAUAAAUGGGCGGGGAAUGUGAUCGUCUACAUUCCUCCGACGUUUACCGCUUUCCGCGGCACGACCUCCGAUCACCAAUAUCCAUCAUCUGACAUGUCUCAGCGCGCUUCUGGUGUGCCACCACCACACCCGCUGAGAGGGAUGGGGAUCUGGUACGGCCGAGUCGAGCCGAGACAUAUAGAAGGCAUUGUCGAGCAGACGGUCGUGAGGGGGAAGGUGAUUGGGGACUUGUUCCGCGGCGGGAUAAAUGCGAAUGGAGAGAUUUUGAGGUUGUAG